AUGAAUGAGUCCUCUUACGAUGAAUGGGCUCUCAACAACAUUUCGGGAAUACCGUUCGUUUUCAAUACUAGCCUUAAUGCAACAUAUUCCGAGAGAGUUCAUGCCACAGAUGAAUGGUUUUUUUACAUUUCUCUUGCAGUUUCAAUAGUGGCUGCGGCUGUAUUGGCAUUUCUGGUCAUUUGGUUCUACACGUUUCAAAGUCGAAAAUAUGUAUCAUUUUUCCUCUACAUUCCAUUGUAUUUGAAUUAUACGCUUUUAUUCACAGCAGUAUCCCUUAUAACCUUGGAUGUCAGUAUUGCAUUGUCCUCACCUGGAGUAUUACCUGAUGAAUCGCUAGUAUAUUGCUGGAAUAUCAUUUACUGGAGUUUACAGAUUCUUUCAUGGAUCAUUCUUCCAAUAUUACAGAGCUAUGCAUACACUGGAGAAUUUUCUUUUAUUGGAAAGAUUCUAAGGGCUAUCUUAUCGAACAUAGUAACGUAUUUGAUUAUGGGACUUGUAGCAGGAGCAUGUAUUGUAGUAUUUGUUAUUUAUCUUGCUAUUAGGGACGUUUCUCUUUUAACUUUUUCUUUCCUAGUCAGUGUUGCUGUUUCACUUUCAAACUUUGCUGGUUUGGUGCUGUUGUCUCUGUUCUUGGGCUAUGGAAUUGUCAAAGCACCAAGAACACUCUGGAGGAAAACAAAUAUUGAAAGAACAAUCAAAUGGAACUGUAUCGAAGCUCCCGAAAAAAGAGCCAAGCUUAAAAAGGAAGAAAGAGCCUUAGUAGAAAUGAUUGUUGUUGUCAAGGAAGUGUCAAAGAUUGUAGAUUCCCAACACAAGUUCAUAUGGUAUUUGAAUCAAAUGACACAAACAUGUGAUCGCAUCUUGCAAGAAUUUCCAAGCUUGAACAAGAAAGUCAAUAGCCUUCACAUCAUUGAGUGCAGCGAUUACAACAAACAAACAUUUGACAAGUUUUUAGAUGUUGGAUCCCAGAUGAGAAUUUGUCCUGAACAGAGCAAGAACAAGACAUGUACACGCUCUACUUGCGUGAAAAUGCAUAGUGAGAUUCAAAGAGCCUCGAGAGAAUACCGCUCGAAGAAAUAUGAAUGGGAUCAAAAGCUCAAGGAAACUUUUUAUUACCAAGACGUUAUUCGUUGCUGCACCUAUCCAUCAAAUCAUCCUUUUCACCAAAAGACAAUUAUUUCUGAGUUUUCAACACACGGACCAAUUGUAAAUCGAUUUCUCUACUAUUACUAUCGAUACAUUCAUUGGCUAUUUUUAAAAACUGUGGCACUGUUAUUGGGUGUUUUUGGAUUGAUUAUUCUAUGGAGCGAAUUGACGCCCACAAUAGCUAUGCUUGUAGAUGAGCGAGGUUCUUCAAUAUUUUUUGAAAUUAUUGAUCGCCUUCGUGGCAAUAGAGCAGCAACACAAAUUGUUUCACUCACAAUGAUUGUUUGCAUUUCAUUUUUGAUGCUAGCUGGAAUGUUUAAAACAAAGCUAUGGACCAUAUUUAAAAUGAUUCCAUACAAUACCGACACGUAUUCUCUCUAUUUUUCUGCCUCCUUAAUUUGUAGAGCUGUUCCUUCGCUAUGUUAUAAUUUUUUACAGCUUAUUGAAAUUAAGAGUGAUGACGGUGUGGCGUUCUUUUAUGUAGUUGGAAUUUUGGAUUUUGACAUUUUGCAACCUGGUCUAGGUUUUGUCACUCAAAUUUUAAAACAUUUUCCAAUGAUUAUCAUUGUGGUGGCGUUUUUGUGUCUGUUAAGAGUACCUGAAAGGAUUGCAAAUUUCAAAAGAUUAAGGUGGAAAGUAUUUGCAUUCAAACAGUAUUCUAAUGAACAACUCGAGGAAGGAACUCGACUCAUGAAGCGAAAACGAAAGUCUAUUCUCAAGAAAUUGAAUUCUCAACAAACAACUAAGGAAAAAAACGACUUGAAAGCUUUCAUGUACUCCAUUUUCCACAUUCAAACUUCGUCAAAACAGGAGAAUCCUUUGAUACAAGUCAGUCAAACUUCUGAAACCUCAUUUGAAGAAAUGGAAUAUUUAAAGUUGGACUAA